AUGGCCGCAGAAAACAAAUCUAAGUCGAACAACGGCUCCAAGAACAACAACAAGAGGAGGAAUCGCUACCUCCCCCACAACAAACCUGUGAAGAAGGGUUCGUACCCAUUGCACCCAGGAGUGCAAGGGUUCUUUAUCACUUGCGAUGGUGGAAGAGAACUCCAAGCUUCUCGUGAAGCCAUUAACGUUAUUGAGGAUUUUUAUGAAGAGUUAGUCCAUGGGCGGGGUUCAGACUUGAAACAUUCAGAGAUAUCAAAUAUUCCCUUGAAUAAAAAAACUAAAUUCAUGUAUUCUGAUUCUUCUAGUAGUGAUGAUAAUGAUGAAGAAGAUGAUAAUCAGAACGAUGAAAAGGACAUCCAAAAGAAGGACAAGGAGGAUAUCAAUCAUGUAAGUUUAACAAAUGAUAAUCAGAGGGAUGAUAGGGGCCAUGACGCCAAUAAUGUAAGUUCAACCAACGAAAAGUCAGAUCCUUGUGAAAAGGAUGAUGAGUGCUGUGAGAAUGAAAUAAAAGAAAAUACGUACUGUAAUAAGGAGGAAGCCCAGUAUCAUGAAAAACAAGAAGCUGAAGCUGAGGAGCCGCCAGCAAAGAAAGCUGAAGCCGAGGAGCCACCAGCAAAGAAACAAUGCCUAGAAACAGAUGCAUCAAAAUGUGGAAAAGUCGUCGGUCAAAAAAUAGAGGAGAAGUCUGUUGAUAAGUUAAUUGAAGCCGAACUCGCUGAGUUGGGAGACAGGAGCAAGAGGCGUUUUAGCAACCUUGAUUCUGGUUGCAAUGGUGUUGUCUUUAUCCAAAUGCGUAAGGGAGAUGAAUACCCCGGCCCCAACAAUAUCGUUCAACACAUGAUGACUUCUGUUGCCGCGACAAAGAAACACAUGUCAAGGUUUAUGUUAAGAGUGCUACCUAUUGAAGUGACUUGCUAUGCAUCAGGGGAUGAAAUUGCAACGGCCAUUAAACCUCUCAUUGCACGAUACUUUCCUGUAGAGACUGAGACACCACUUAAGUUUGCAGUUCUGUAUGAUGCCCGCGCAAAUACUGGUAUUGAUAGAAUGAAAAUCAUUGACACCGUUGCAAAAUCUGUUACUGGACCCCACAAAGUCGAUCUCAACAACCCAGAUAUUCACAUAGUGGUUCAAAUUUGCAAGAUCCAUAAAACAUGUAAUUUGAAAGAACUUGACAAUUGGGAAACAGCUACAGCAAGUCAAUAUGCAUAG